ACUCUCUCUCCGGGAUUUUGGCAGAAGGUCGGCGGGUAAAAGGACGCUGCACUUCCCAGCAGCAGCAGCAGAAAUCAUGAAGCUCCUGCUGUCUGAAGCUUUGGUCACCGUGGUCCUGCUCGCUCUGUUCUCACCUGGUGAGUCAUCGCUGGUUGAUUAAAUCUCAACUUUAAUUUUACCUGAACUGAAAACUUUUCUAGCCUUUUUAUUAUAUUAGUCAGAGAUCAGAGGAAACAGAGAUUGACUGAUUUUUAAGGCCCACAGGGAAUAUUUGGAUAUUAAAGAACCAAUUGUUUAGUGUCACUUGUAAAGAUGAGUUACAAAAGUGACACGUCAACCAUUUUCAUAUACUUUGAGAGCUUUUCUGUCACCUUAUCACUGGUUUUUCGCUUUUUCACUUUCUUUUUACUCAAUAUUUUUGACCGGAUUGCUGACAUGUUUUUGCUAAAAUAAAAAUAUUCAAACUCUUUACUCCAUUAAAAUAAGAACCCCCUUACAGAAAUUGUUCUGUAUAUCAAAAAUAGUGCGAAAACUGUAUAUUUUGACAAUGAAGGACAGGUGUGUCGAUGAUUUCCAAGAGGAAUGUCAAGCAUUGAUUCUCUCGCAGAGACGGGAAUCUCUCUUUAUUAAGACCCUUUUUAUUCCCACACGUUACUAACCCUUUUAAUCAAAGUUGUAAUUUUACACCUUUGAUGUGUGAAUACAUGUAAAAGUUUCGAGGGGAAAUGUCUGUAGUUUGAACAUAGUGAGAGGACAGCCGUUGGUGUGGUGAGCAGCAGUUGUAGGUUACAGAGCAGCUGCCAUCAUGCUCUGAAAUAUGACCGGCAUGAAAGCAUUCACACACUCUCAGGCCAUGUUUGUUUUCCUGUGUGUGUGUGCGCCAUGCUACUCCUCAUUUACAGAAUAUUUAUGUUGCUUUAGAGAAAACAAACGAUGGAUUCAGAGGUGAAUUUUUUGUCACUUAGAAGUAGGAUUGAUUUUAGACCUUAAAGCUCCUGUGAGGAGGUAACGUACAUGCUAAAGCUCCGUACAUAUCCUUUGUCACAUUGACACUGACUGAGUGAGUGUUUUCAGGGUGUUGGGGCAGGAACGAGGAGGAGCGUCUGAUCCACUACCUGUUCAAAGAAAAAGGAUACAACAAAGAGCUGAGACCCGUCCUGAGGCAGCAGGAUGCUGUGGAUGUUUAUCUCGCUUGCACACUCUCCAACCUCAUCUCUCUGGUACAUAGUCACUCCAAACUAUUAAAUGAAUCUAUAUCUGACAAACUCUUCCAAUAAACAUACAUAAGUAUAGUUAAUAAACUUGAUUUUAUACAUAUUAAAACAGGAUGAUGUUCAUGACAUUGAACAAAAAUGGUUUUCUUUUUGCAGAAAGAGAAGGAUGAGACGCUCUUGACGAACGUAUGGAUGGAUCAUGUAAGAGAGCAACAUUGAACCUUUCCAUUUAAAGUUUGUUCCUGACACUUUACCUUCUCUGACUUUCUACUUGUUCUUUUUUUUUUUUUUUAGACGUGGACGGACUACCGACUGUCAUGGAAUGUGACGGAGUUUGACGGCAUCGAGAUGCUUCGUCUGCCGUCCAGGAUGGUGUGGCUACCCGAGGUCGUGCUGGAAAACAAGUGAGAAUCGGUUUCAAUAAUUCACUUAAAAACCCCAAAUCUGUAUCAAAGGGACAUUUUUGUUGUGGUCGGUACUGAAACCAGGAAAGUAACUAUAUUUUCCUUGUUUUGUUUUUAAAAGCUGGAGGCCUAAAAUCAAUUGCAAGGACUUAAAAGUGUCAGUAUCUGAGGAAGUGCCAGUUUUUGGGAGAAAUCUUAAAUGUAAACUCUACACCUACCAACUAGUUUUCCCCUCAGCUCCUCCUCUCCCCUCCCCCUCUGCUUCAGCAAGCCCCGCCCACAAACAGACGCUCCUGCUCGCUCGUAUCGUUCCAAUUAAAUUCAGAUAUAAUGCAGAUAAAUACUUCAGAUCAUUACAAAUGGGGCCCAGUCAAGGUGAAAGUCAAAAGCAUUGGUGCUACUGUAGAUGCCAACAGACUACCAGCAAACACAAUGUUUGCAGGACUUCUACAACUGGUUAAGGUGACAUAGUCCAGGACCCGAGGUCAACAGUUUAGCGAUGGCGCUACAACAUGCAGCAGGUUUGACAGGAAAAUCUUCUGUUACAGACACUUGGCUUACUUUGUUAAAGCCGUUUACCUGUCCAGCAGAAAAGUUAAGAUCUCAAAGUGUCCCCUAUCUUUUUAUGUUGACCCGGCUUUUUAGCUCUUGUCUGGUCUUUGUUGUUUUUAUUUAAAGCCAAGUCAAAGUCCAGACCUAAAUCCCAUUGAGCAUCUGUGGCAAGACUUGAAAAUCGCUCUUCACAGACACUCUCCAUCCAAUCUGGCUGAGCUGGAGCUAUUUUGCAAGGAAGAAUGUGCAAAAAAUUCUGUCUCUAGAUGUGCAAAGCUUGUCAAGACAUACCCCAUAACACUUGCAGUUGUAAGGUGGCUCUACAAAGUAUUGACAUGGGGGGGGGGGGGGUGCUGAACACAAAUGCACACCACACUCAGAUUUUUAUUUGUGUAAAUUUUUGAAAACUAUGUAUUAUUUUCAUUUAAUGUCUUAAUGACAAAAAAUCUCAAUAAAAUACUUUUAAGGCACUGUAUAAUUGUGGCUCGUGUAAUCCAAAUCUGGUUUAUUCUGAUCUUAUCCUUUGAACAGCUCAGUCCAUGUUGACAGUAUGACUGUAAAUCCUCCCUGUCUUCUGUCUUCUCCUCAGUAAUGACGCCCAGUUUGAUGUGGCGUACUACAGUAACGUACUGGUGGAUCCCAGCGGUCUUUGUUACUGGUUACCCCCUGCUAUCUUCCGCUCCUCCUGCUCCAUCAACGUCAACUACUUCCCCUUCGACUGGCAGAACUGUUCACUCAAAUUUGUGUGAGAAACUUAAACCUGAUAAUAUUUCAUAUUUCACUGUCGAGGAAUUCAAAAAGAAAUAAAGACAUAUGUGGGAUUAUGUCAAAUUGUGUUUUAGCCAAGAUAUCAUAACUGAAAUGUGGUAUCAAAAAGCAAACUCCCGUACACGUUUUGUUGCAGAUCUCUGACCUACAACGCCAAAGAGAUCAGGUUGCUGCUGAAGGAAGAGACGGAUGAUGAAACUAAAUUUACAUACACAGUGGAGUGGAUCAUUAUCGACCCUGAAGGCUUCACUGGUAAGUGUCUCAGCCCUUGCAAUUGGCCUUAAAUAUUGUUCCUAUCGGUCCUCGAAUUUGUUUAAUCUAUCUGGAGACUCUUUUUUUUGUCUGAUUUGUUUCAAAAGUCCGUUAAACAAUUAGUGUCUAAUAUCCAAAUUUUAAAUUCACUCUGAUUCGUGCUCCUUAAAUGAAAUUUGUUAAAAGCAACCUUAACCCCGUCCCUUCAAAUUGAAUUAAAAAACUCCAGAAAGUUAAGAAAAUCUAGAAGGUAAAUAGAGAACAUGACCUCAGUGACGGACCUCAUUGUCUGUUUCCUGUUUCUGUUGACAGAAAACGGCGAGUGGGAGAUCAUCCACCGGCCUGCCAAGAAAAACACUUACAAGCACAUCCCCAUGGAGAGCAACAAGCACCAGGACAUCACCUUCUACCUGGUCAUCAAACGCAAACCUCUGUUCUACAUCGUCAACAUCAUCAUCCCGUGUGUGCUCAUCUCCUUCCUGGCCUCACUCGUCUACUACCUGCCUGCUGACAGUCAGUGCACAUUUAUACCCUCAAAAAAGACAGAAAAGUUACAAGAAUUUGUGUUUUUGAUGAUUUUUUGGUUGUCCACAUGGAGAAUUUAGAGAAUGCUGUCCUCAAAUUACACACAAGACAAGUAUCUGUGUGUGUGUGUGUUAGUGUAUAUAUUACGUGUAUGAUUUUUUUCUCAUACUUGUGAGGACCUACCGUUGAUGGACGAUUUUGCGAGGACCAUCUUUUCGUGUGGACAUUUCAUCAAAAAUGAGGAUGAGUUUCCUUUACCGUCACAAGGAUUCAUUUAUUUUUUAAGCACAAUUUCAGCUGCGAAAAAUGUUGUUAUUCUCAUCGAAAACUUUGUAUAUUAGUUUUCUACAUGUACCUGUACACCUGUACAUGUCUUUCCAACAUUAUGGCUGCAACCAAAUUUGUAGUCUUCAUUAAGAACUUGUAGAACAAUGUCAUGUAAACAUCGUUGUGUUUGUCUUCAUGUACAUGUGAGGGCCAUCCGUUGAGAAACAACCUUUCUACCGAGGACUAGCUUCUCUGUGUAGACGUUUUGCAAUAUCUUCAUUGAUGCAACACUGGGAUUAACGCUGCGUUCCAGUAAACACGGAAGUCGGAUGUCGGAGUUGGGAAUGGCGCUACACCCGAGUUGAUGGUGUUCCAGUUAACAAGUCGUAAAACCAAGAUGGAUGCCUACUGUUAGCUGUUGUUUACAACUGUCAGCUGUUGUUGGCUGUUGUCAGCUGUUGUUAGUUGUUGUUAGCAAUACCAGUUGUAAACAAUGUGCAACACAGUAUUUUACUCUUACAAACACCAUAGCACCGUGUUCAAAGUUAGAUGUUCAGCAGUACAUCAUAGAACACUUAUUUAAUUUCACGAAAACAAAACAGAGGCGCUAAUAAAUGAUAAGAAACAAUACAUUACGAGAGUUUUUACUGUUACUCUUACUCGGAAAGUUGGAUCGUCCGACUUUCCGAGUCAGAAACCCGACUUUAGGGGGGCAUUUCAGGUGAAUUUCCGACUGGGAGCUCGGAAAUUCUGACUUCCAAGUACAACUGGAACGCAGCAUAACUCCUGAGGCUGUGAUAAAUAUUCUUUUUUGAGAUGUGACAUUUUAACUUCUACUCUCCUGACAGUAAAUUCAUUUCCAACCAAUCUAAUGACACAGUUAUUGGUAAACGACUUAACAAACUUUCAGAACUUUAUUAACAUGUAGUACAUGUGUUGCCUUUUAGGUGGUGAGAAGAUGACCUUGUCCAUCUCAGUGCUGCUGGCUCAGUCUGUCUUCCUGCUGCUGAUUUCCCAAAGGCUGCCAGAAACGUCCAUGUCUGUUCCACUUAUUGUCAAGUAGGUAUCAAAUCCUGAUUUAACAGUUAGGGCUGGGUGAUAAAACGAUAACGAUAGAUUUUCCUCAUUAUUGAUAUGAAACAUGGUCAAUAUACUUUUUGAUUGUCGGUAUUCUCCCAUGUUUUGGUAGACUAUACGAAUAGCAAAUGCAAAGGGGAGCUGCUUUGCGCUGAACCAAUCAUGUGCUGAAUUUAAACCGAGUAGCAAACAACUGCGCCGUAGCAGGCUGCAGCUACACGCAACUACAGCACUGUUGGUGAGGAAAAAAAGAAAAUGAGUGCUACCCCCGGCAGAAAUGCAACUGAAGGCUCAACAGAAGAUGACAUCGUCGGCAACACUGGCACAAAAAUGUUGGUGGUGUGGAGGAAUGUUGGUUUUUUGAAGUCAGACAUGAAGGAGAGUAAUCUGCGCUGCAAAUUAUGUUAAAUACAUGUAACGGGCAACACCCACAGGAUCCGGAACGGCUCCGCUCCGGCACGACUCUGAUGGCCAGAUCAGAUACGCAAGGCUUCUAUUUUUGCCGGAUGCCGGAGCACGGCGCAUCAAUUCAGUGCAGCGCAGCACGAGCAGCAGCGGAAGUUGUAAGCGGUUACAGAGUAAAAUAUCCGGUUAAUUUUCAAAAUAAAAGAAAGUCAAUCCAUCGAACUGUUCUUAACUUGAUUAUAGAAGAGGCCAGGGUUGUGGGAUGUGGGUGUUUAUAUACAACGCUGUUUAUAUCCACCGAUUGGCGGAUCUCAUUCUAUGACUCCCGGGGAAACACGCGAGAGCUCGUGAGAUCUCGUCCAGUCUUGCGAGAAAUAUCUGUAAUCCUGCGAGCACUUCUCCUCCGAUGGUGGCGGCGCAUCGGAUCCGGAACAAAGAAUAUUCAAGAUUGAUGGGUGUUUUUUUUUUAUAUCGGGAUACAAAUCAAUAUUGACUGAUGUAAAUAAAUAUAUAUCGUGAUAAACUUUUUCCCAUAUCGCCCAGCCCUAGUGACAGAGGACCAACUGGAUUUUUCAAGGAAAGAGAACAGGGUUGUUUUUAAUCAUUGAGGAGGAUAUUCUGACUGAAUAUUUUUUGGUGAUUUUGGAUCAAUUCUAAUUUCUUCUUUGUGGAGUAUUUUAGGAACAAAUAUGAGAAACAGGGAGAAGAGAAGUCUGAGGCGUUUGUGUUUGUGUGUUUUAGGUAUCUGAUGUUCAUCAUGGUUUUGGUGACAGUGGUGGUGCUGAACUGUGUGGUCGUCCUAAACUUGCACUUCAGGACACCAAGCACACAUGUCAUGUCUGAGUGGACCAAAAAGGUAACAAACACACAGACACACUCAUGAUAAAAGUCAGCACACAUGCAUUUAAACCGAAAGACUGUUGAGAUAGCAGCUUUAAACCUGAUAUCGAUUGCUCUCUGUUUAGUUCUUCCUGGAGCGACUGCCCCGUCUCCUGCGUAUGUCCCGCCCUGAGGAGGCGGAGCCGUACUGGGAUGGAGCGUUGCCACGGCGAUCCAGCUCAGUGGGCUACAUUGCUUCGGCAGAGGAGUACUACAGCGUCAAGUCCCGCAGCGAUUUGAUGUUUGAGAGGCAAUCAGUGAGACACGGACUGACGGCACGACCCACACACGCAGCGAGUAUGUCUCAUCAUUCGUCUCAGUACUGGAUCAACUCUGUCAUCUUUUCUGAUGUGAAGACUCGCUGGAAUCCUUUUUACAAAAUCUGCGUCACUCUAAAGAAUACGAGUCUAGUCUUCACAGUCUUUAGGCUCUCUUUUAGGCCCAACCUCUUGGCUCUCCUGAAAACUGUAGCCCAUGUUCAGCUCUUCCUUUUAUUUUUCCAAACAAGGACAUUGUCACGGCAACAGAUUCGACAACAGAUUCAACAUGCCCAAUUAGACUAACAUAUUCUCCAGUCUAUUACACUCCCUUUCAUUCUAUAAUAUGUAAAGUAAGAACAUUUGAACAAUGGAUGUCACAUUUCCUCUUUUUCCACAGGAUCUACCAAUAUCAGUUUUCAGUUGUCCGAGUAGUUUAAUAGUCUGGUACUUCAUGUAUCAGAGGUAUUUACAGCAGUUCAGGUCUCCGUGCUCUUAUAUAUCUGAUUCAUUUCCACCGACGUCUCUUAAAUGUCUCCGACUGGCGUCUCAGAGCGAAUGUCAGUCUCUCUAUUGUGUAAAUUUCGUGAACAGUUCUUGCCAGUCUUCCAGGGUUGGUGAGUUGGGUUGUAACCACUAGGGCCCGACCGAUUUAUCAGCGAGCAUUUUAUUUUUUAGAAAUAAAAUGCGUAGAAUAAGAUUCCGUUUCACUUCGAAAAUAUUCCGCCAUUUGAAAAGUUACCCAACUUAUCCUGUAGAUGGCGCAGCGAAAACGAUGGCGUAGUUGAAAACGCUUUUCUGGUCUGAGUUUGAUCAGUCGGUCUUCCUGUAGGCGUGAAGAGCAGUAGCCUACAGUAUAUCUACAGUAUAUAUGUAUUUCUUUUAACUUCAUAAAAGAUUUUAAAAAAUUGGCCAAUUAUCGGUAAUUGUCCCCCCCCCCAAUAAUCAGUAUCGGCCCCGAAAAAUCCAUAUCGGUCGGGCCCGAGUAACCACUUCCUUGUUAUCGUCUCCUUGCUCCAAUCAGUAAUAUCUUCAUUAGAUAUUUGUCUGCUAUUCCUUGAAUAUGCAUUCCCAUGGUACCAAAAUACAAUAAGCUGACAUCAAAUUGUAUAGUACUUUAAAAUAUGUGUUCCAGACAAUCAUGAAUAUCACACCAAUAAGACAAAAGUUUCAGGCAAUCCCAAAAUAAAUGGUAAUAGUUAGCUAAACCCGAACCACACAUCCUCCGAUAAGUUGCUCCACCACCUUGAUGUUUCUUCUGAGCCGGUGUUAUAAAAAAUCUCAUGAUGUUUUUCAAUCCAAAAUUUCCAUCAGCUAUGUGAAUUUGUGGUUUUCCACUGUGAUUUACAGAUAUCUUCCCGUUCCCCCUCAGAUAUGACCAAAUCUCCCUUUCCCGUCUACAUUUAAUAUGAGGGGCGUUGGAAUUCGAGGAGUCUUGAAAACUUUUAUAUAAUCCAGAUAUUAAUUUCUUUCCACUCUCUCUGUUGUGUGUGUUUUUGUGCAGUUGUGAAGCCUCAGGAGGAUGGAGGUGUGACAGAUCAGCUGUACGGGGAGAUCAAGCCGGCUGUGGACGGGGCAAACUAUAUCAUCAAACACAUGCGCAACAAGAACGACUACAAUGAGGUGAGAGGGAGGGGAAAAACAUGAUGAACCGUGGAGGGUAGUGGUGUUCAUUUGUAUUUGUCAGUAUUAAAGGGAUGCUCUGGCGUAAUAUAAUAUCCCUUUAAGUGUCUGACCCAUAAGGAUCCUGGUCAGCUCAGCCCUUCUGUUGACACUCUGACUUCUGUGUCUGCAGGAGAAAGAUAACUGGAGCGGUAUCGCUCGCACGGUGGACCGCCUCUGUCUCUUUCUGGUUACCCCGGUGAUGACCCUCGGCACCAUCAUCAUCUUCCUCAUGGGAAUCUGUAACCACCCUCCACACCUGCCCUUUAAAGGAGACCCACACAACUACAGAGAGGAGAACGCCCGCCUGGUGUAACAUACACAAACAAACACACACAAACACACACAAAUCCAUGUUGGAGUUGAAAUCAUGAAGUUUAUUGCUUUUAAUUUAUCAUCAGUUUGUUAAACACAGUGCUCUUUGUACUUUUUCAACUCUAAAAGCGGGCUGUGUCCAGAAGAUGGCGCUGUAAUCUAGCCUUAGCUUUGUUGAGGGGCAUCUUUCCCCUCCUGAUCUCACAUUUAGAGGUAAAAGGUAAAACAAAAAGUACAUUUAGAGUGCUGGUUUGAUUGAAAUUAUUGUUUUAAUCCAAGUUGUUUGACCAGCAGAUGAACUGGUCACAGACAGCGGGUCCAUUUAAACCACCAUCUACUCAUCUACUGUUUUUAUAAAAAUAACAGUGGCACAACACAGGCGGCACAUUGUGAACUUGAAGCAAAGCAGCAUAAUGGUGUGACUUAUAUAACAAACUUCACAGUAUUUUGGUUUGCCAACCUUUUCAAAAGCUGUGCUCGUUUGUUUGUUUGUUUUUUUUAACUUAAAUUUGAUGUGGAAAAUAGUAGAAGUUUAUUGUUACUCUGAUUUUAUUUUGUGUGGUUUGAAUAAAGAUAUAAAUAAAACAGA